AGAAGCAGCUGCAGACGGACGGUUCCCCGUCACCUCCCCCCUUCCCGCUUUGCCUCGUCCCCCCGGGGGCGGGCAAGGGCUCACUCCCCGCCGCGGGGCCGGGGCCGGCCGAGCGGGACCUCGCUGCCGAUAACCUGUCCUGGCGGGGAGGAGUGAGAGGAGGAGUCAGGGCGCCUUGUGCGACAAAGCCCAGUGCGCAGGGAGCUGGUGACCAGGAAGCAGAACAGCGCCGGGCUGCCGCGGGGCGGGCGCACCCCACCGGAGCCCCCUUGCCCCCCACGCCGCCCCUCCGGGGGGUGGGAGGCCGGUCCUGCCGUCCCCCCGGCGCGGGGGUCGGCGCGGCUGCGGAACGAAGCGGGAGGCGGCCGGGCAGCCGCUAAGCCGCUUAGGGCCGGGGCUGGCAUGAGCCUCCCCGGCGGGGCGGCUGCGGGCUGCGCGCUGCAGCGGGGAGGCUGAGGGCGCGGAACCGCCGCCGGCGGGGGCUGGCGGCCCGUCCCUGAGGAGGAGGCGGCGGAGGGGGAGCCCGGCUCCCCGCGGGGAAGAUGGGGAAUUGCCUCAAGUCCCCCACCUCCGAUGACAUCUCGCUGCUCCACGAGUCCCAGUCGGACAGAGCCAGCUACGGGGACGGAGCUGAGCCGGAUCAGGAGCCGCCGCCGCCAUAUCAGGAGCAGGUGCCGGUUCCUGUGUAUCACCCGACUCCUAGCCAGACGCGGCUAGCAACACAGCUGACAGAAGAGGAACAGAUCAGAAUAGCCCAGAGGAUAGGCCUUAUUCAGCAUCUACCUAAAGGAGUCUAUGAUCCUGGGAGAGACGGCUCCGAGAAGAAGAUCAGAGAAUGUGUCAUUUGUAUGAUGGACUUUGUUUAUGGGGACCCUAUCCGAUUUCUGCCGUGCAUGCACAUUUACCACCUGGACUGUAUAGAUGACUGGUUGAUGAGAUCCUUUACCUGUCCAUCCUGCAUGGAGCCAGUGGAUGCAGCACUGCUUUCCUCAUACGAGACUAACUGAGCCAGGGUUUCUCCAACUGAACCUUCAAGGAGACCAGCCACUUCAAUGGGUUUGAUCCUUUUGUCAUUCAGCCCAAAGAGCCAGGAAUUAGGGAUUAAGAUCAUGCACAAAGUAUACAUUUCCUAAUAAAUAAAUUAAAGAAAAAAUAUUCCUGAAUGGCUGCAAAUAUUGGAAAAACCAUAGUAUUUUAGAGACUAUAGAAAAAGUAGGUUGUUAUUUUUAAUGUAAAGCCUUGACCCACCAUUGUCUUUUAAUGUUUGUUCCUACACCCAUAUAUAGGAAUUGUGUAAAGUGUUCCAGCGACUGUAAAUGUUUAAACUGCGUGUAUCCAAUUUUAUUAGCAGCAAGAUAAGAGUAUUUUUUUCCUAAAUAAAGUAACCAGUUUUGUUCUGAUUCUUUUCACAAGUCCUGGCAUUUGGGUCAAGGCUUUAUUGAAAUCUACAUUUUAUAACACUGGCACAAAGAAAUAGUUUUAAGCUUGUUUGCACAGUUCUUUUAUUUUUCUUUUUCCCCCUCCCUUCCAUUGGAGAUGGAAUUCAUUGCCUUAGGUCUUUUUAAUAGUGUAUUGUUAUUGUUGGGCUGGCUCUAUGCUUGAAAACCAGUUUAUUUAUAACCUGUUAAAAGUGCUAUAUUUUGUUUGCAGUUAGGAAUAUGCAGACCUCCAAGUGAUCUCCUAGCCUGUAAGCAAACUGAGAUGCAUUAUCCCUUUUCUACAAGUGAUGUGGAAUAUGAAGAUCUGAAACAAGUCCUACAGUGACAUUAUGGUUUCACAGGGUUUCUAACUUGCUUUGGUUUUGAUUAAACAGUCCUUCAACUUUAAUAUAUCACCUUUAACUUGAUCAGGUUCAAAGUGGGCCAGAUGGAUGAGAAAUAGUUCAGCUACCGUGACUGAAAAAAACAAUUUGGAACUAAUGUAGUGUUAGUGUUGAUCAUUUAUUCUCUUCUUUUCUCCCUAAUGAUAGUUGUCUUGGAUCAGAGCAAAUGGAUACUGCAUCUCUUGUUCCUGUAGUUCUUAGGUUCUCGGAAGUUAAGAAUAAACAUACUGUAUCUCA